AUGGCGAUCGAGAAGAUCACCCCGAUGAGGGAUUCAAAAAAAAAAAAAAAAAAAAUCAGAAAAAACGCCUAUCUUUUUUUCUUGUUCUUGUUCCUAAGCGGGCUAGUCUGUCUGGGCCCUCCUACUUUCUUCACUUCUGCAAAAGGUAUCAACACAGACGAUACAAAUGGGGUUAACCCCCCAAAGGAUGACAAGAAUUUAGGUCAAGAUAACCAGAAGAAUAAAAAGGGGGAAGACGAAUCGGACCAGUUUAAGAGCAACAAUCAUACAAACAAAAGUGAAAAUACAGGAAGAGACUUCCUUGACUUAUUUAAUAAAAACAAAAAUGAUGGAAAUGACUACACAUUAAAUUUCAUAGAUGGUGCUUCCCUUCUAAACCCUACAGACAUAAUUAAAAAUGGCACCUUCAUAUUUGACGCUGUCAAUUAUUUAUUUAAAAAGUUGAAAGAGGGACCCGCAAAUGCAGGGAGCCCAGAUGCGCAUGCCUUACGACCUGGAAAGGAUGCCGUCAGUGCGAAUGAAAUUAAAAGGAUAAUCCUUAUCAAGUUGCUGAAGUGCGUGGCGGUGUUAAUUCUGCUCUACGUGGUUAUUCGCUUGACCUUCACCUUUAUCAAAAAACUUAUAAAUUUGAUCAUCCGGUUCAUUUUCAAAAUUAUAAAGCUUUGUUGCUGUGGGGGGGGCUGA